GGAAAAGUGCUUCAAAAAUGAUGUAAAAUUUAUUAAUAGGCAAGUAACGAUGAGUGCGAGUAACCGAUCUCGAAGUAAAUUCGGUUCGCUGAUUGGAGUUCUGUACGUUGGGCAUACGAGUUGUAAGUUUUUGAUUUACGCAACCCGAAAUGCCGAGAUACUCACAUGCCACGAGUUACCCCUGCAAUCGAUUUCACCUCAAUCAGGAUGGAUAGAAUUUGAACCGCUGGCCAUCUGGGCAACAGCACGCACUUGUUUGGAGAACUGUUUACAGAAUCUAAUUAUACUGGACAUAAAUCCGCUCGAUAUUGUUGCUAUAGGAGUGUGCAACCAGCGCGAAACAACGGUACUGUGGGAUCGCACGAACGGAGAACCUUUGUGCAAUGCUAUCGGCUGGUGUGACACGCGGACAUCGGCUGUGGUCGGCGGAAUUUUGCAGCGAGUACGUGGGAAGAAAAACUUCCUGAAAUCAGUUUGCGGUCUUCCGUUCAGCAAUUGCUUCUGUGCGGUGAAGCUGAGAUGGAUGAUCGAAAACGUAGACGGCGUACAGAGCGCUAUCGAUGCAGACAAGGCAUUGUUUGGAACAUUGGAUAGUUGGAUCAUUUGGCUGCUCACAGGCGGCGUUGAUGGAGGGAUUCAUGUUACCGAUGUGACUAAUGCAUCGAGAACGAUGCUCAUGAACCUAGAGACCUGCGAAUGGGAUGAACGAUUGUGUCGGUUCUUUCGAAUACCGAACAAAAUACUGCCAGAAAUACGCAGCUGCUCCGAAGUGUAUGGUUACAUAAACGAGGGCCCUCUAUCGGGAAUACCGAUUGCAAGUUGCCUCGGCGAUCAGCAAGCAGCGCUUCUGGGGCAGAUGUGCCUUAAAGCAGGACACAUAAAUUGCACGGUGGACGAAGGCAUGUUCAUUCUUUUCAACACUGCCCAAGAAAUCAUUGAUUCCGACCAUGGGCUCCUUUCUACCGUGGCUUACCAGCUCGGUGCCCGCGGGGAAGUUUUUUAUGCUUUGGAAGGAGCAAUUGCCCAUGCCGGUUCUUCGAUCAGUUGGUUGAAACGCACCCUGGCGUUGCAGACACCAAUGAGCGAUUCAAUGCACACGAGUAGCAGCACGGGACUUCUACCGGACGGUUCCACGGCACAAAUGAUGCUGCCGAUAUGCUCUCCUGGAGGAGCGUAUAGUAAUCCUAAAACGGUGAAUAGCAAAAAACUGCGCGUCGACGUUAUCUUUGUACCUGCAUUCAGUGGCUACUACAGCCCUUACUGGCGUUACAAGGCUCGAGGGAUGAUGUUUGGCAUCACAUUGCAAACAACGCCGCAACAAAUACUUUUUGCUGCCCACGAAGCCAUUUGCUAUCAGGUGCGUGAAGUAUUGGAAUCGUUGGCCAAAGACUGCCCUACCUGGCCACGGCUGACGAAGCUAACCGUCGGUGGCGAUCUCAGCGAACAACCAUUCCUGGUGCAGAUGCUUUCUGAUUUAAACGGCUUGUCUAUCGAACGCCCACAAACUUCGACACCGGCCUGCCUGGGGGCCAUGCUGGCGGCCGGGCUGGCAACAGAAGUACUUUCCAUCGAUCAGUUUCGUCAGAACUGCAUCCCUCCGAUCGAUGUGUUCAAUACUGCUUACAACUCUAGUCAAAGGGAUAUGAAAUUUCGACGAUGGAAAAUGGCCGUUGAUCGGUGCUUAAACUUUGAUUCAGUUUCGGAGAGCGACCCUGUGAAGCUGAUAUUCGAUGGUCGAGAUCCUGACUACUAUGUGCGCUGUGCAAUCCCCGGUUCGCUGUUCUUCAUUUCCUCGUUCGCGUUAAUUGUGAUUUCUCAAAUGCUCAUGCAGAAUGGUAUCAAGUAGUUACCGUCGAUAGUUACCGUGUCCGACUAUUUUUGAGCCAAUAUGCAACAUUAUGCACAAGUUACGACCGUACGCUAUGCUUACAGCCACAAAUGACGAAUGUUAGAAGAUUAAAUAAUUAC